UGUGUGCAAUAUGGGGUCCGUGCUGUGAGCGUAGCGUGACUUUGGUGAACGCACAGUAGAUUUGCGAGACUUUUUAAAACUAAUUUGCGCAACUGGAUCUUCUUGAGUAGAUCGACCUGUAAAGGUGGGACACGUUGGUGGUGUUUAGAGACACGUUGCCGUUUGAAUUUGCAGCUCAACUCCGGAGCAUUAACGUUAGCCUGAUAAACCACGCUAUAAACUAGGAAUUUAGUGCGUGUCUAUAUCCUGUUUCACGGUAAACCACAGUCGAGACGGUCAUUUGUUUGUAGGUUAAACUGAUUUUCUUUAAACAAACGUAAAAACAAGCAGUUCUUAAAGGAAAAUAAUUAUAUAAUUGGUUAGAUAUUAUUAACAAAGUGGGCGCGUUUAUUAUUUUUUUAUUUUAAAUAAACGCAUUAUUGGUGAUUACCGUAAACCUUGGUAGAUUGUCGCAAUGACGCGGUUUUGACAGGAGCAUGCCUUUGCACUGAGCGCCUGGCAAGUACACGCAUGUAAAGUCAUGUGUCCGGCAGGGAUUUGAUGGUUUAAUAUAGUUUAUCAGUACAUUUUUAUAUUCUGCACGAUGAUGGUGUUAAGCUAAAACUUUGCAUAUUUCUGAGCAGCUCUGUUUUAGCCCAUGUGCUGUAUGCAACGCUAGCAGCGGAAAGAUCGCGCUUCCGCACACUGUGUAAACCCGCCGAGCGCCUUUUCAAACAACGUGCUAAGUUCGUUACGAGUAGUGUAGUGUUUUAGUUGUUUUUUCUGUGUACGUGCCAUAUUAAACAUGCUGCUGUCGCUGAUUAUGCACACGUACUCUCUGCGCUACUGCAUCCCUGCCGCGGUCAUGCUCGGCACUGCGCCCAUGUACCUGCUCUCCUGGGGCGUGUGGCGCUUCCUGUCCGCUGGACUGCCCUCCAGACUCUACCACACCGUGGACGAUCACCUGUACACAGUCUACCAGAGCAUGGUACUGUUCUUCUUCGAGAACUACACCGGGGUGGAGAUUAUUAUUUAUGGAGACAUACCAAAGGAGAAGGAGAAUGUCGUCUAUCUCUCCAACCAUCAAUCCACAGCUGAUUGGAUCAUCGCUGACAUGCUAGCAAUUCGCCAAAAUGCGCUCGGCCAUGUGAGAUACGUGUUAAAAGAUGGUCUGAAGUGGCUCCCGUUGUACGGCUGGUAUUUCUCCCAGCACGGCGGGGUAUACGUCAAACGAAGCGCCAAGUUUAACGAAAAUGCCAUGAGAAGGAAACUCCGCUCUCAGGCGGACUUAGGAGCACCAAUGUAUCUUGUCAUAUUCCCUGAGGGAACGCGCUACAACCCAGAAUUUAAGGAUGUGAUUAAGGCCAGUCAGGCUUUUGCUGCAAAAGAAGGGCUUUCUGUACUAAAACACAUCUUGACGCCAAGAAUGAAAGCAGCACAUGUAGCAAUAGAUUCCAUGAAGAACCACCUGGAUGCUGUUUACGAUGUCACCGUGGCUUACGAAGGCACACUGAGUGCAGACGGGAAAAGACACCCUGCUCCGUCAAUGCCAGAGUUCCUUUGUAAAGAGUGUCCCAGAGUGCACAUCUACUUUGAGCGGCUGGACAUGAGGGAGAUUCCUCCAGAGCCGAGCUAUUUCCGCAGAUGGCUUCAUGACAGAUUUGAGAUUAAGGAUAAGUUGCUGACUUCUUUUUAUGAGUCUGAGAAGCCUGAUGAAAAGUGCAAGUUUCCAGGAGAAGGUCGAAGGUCGGAACUCGGCCUUAAAAAGACGCUGCCUUCACUGCUGAUUUUAAGCGGCCUCACUUUGCCAGUGCUGCUAACCGAGUCAGGUAGAAAACUCUAUGUGAAAACAUGGAUCUGUGGGACUCUCUUGGGAUGGCUGUGGGUUCAUAUACAACCAUGAGGUAAAAGAAACCACUGACACCCUGCCAGCGAGCAUCAGCAUGAGGAGACCGGUGCUGGUUAAACGCUUGUGUUUUCAGCCAGCCAUGCUGUGACAUCUCGGAGUGAUCUGUUCCCUCACACCCCACCCCGUGUUAUGUCUGAGAGGUGUUUGCUGGAGGAUGGCCAUAGCUCUCUUUAUUCUUCCCUUCAUCUUUUGUCUCGAAAGCUUUGCUUGGUUUAACAUUCUUAGUGUCAUGUCCAUUACUUUGGUUAUUUUAUUAUUUUUUGCUGGAAAUAAAAAAAGGGCAGUAUUUUAAAUGGGGUUGAUACGUUUAUGCAAAAGUUUAUGCCGAAGAUAUUUUUUACUGUGUUCAAUUUUCCACAUAAGUAUUCAUAAUCUUAUUAUUAUUAUUAUUAUUGGUGUUUUUGGUUGGUUCUGAUUUUGUUAAACUUGUAUUAAUUUGUGAUUGGGUGCAAGAUGGUUGAGAUCAUUUAAUUUUGUUGUUUUUGCUUUGUUUACACAUGAAGUGUGCUCUUUCUUUCAUUUAAUUAGUAAAUUGGUUUAUUUGUUGUUGUUUUUUUCUCCCUCCCCUUUUUUCUUUGCACAAUUAAUUGUCUCAUAUUGCCAAACUUCAGGAUGCAGGAGCAAUAUCUUGUCAUUAAAUACUUAUCUAAUAAAUAUAUACGCAGUAAAAUGCAACUCUGCCUUUAACAUGCAAGAUGAACCCUGUUACCUCAGUCGCUUUUCCAUUAUUCACCAAUUAAUAAUGUACAUUGUAAUAAUGUACAAAACCGAUUUAUGUACAUUGUGUGCAUACGUUUUGCUGGUAACUACAAAUCCACAAUGCAGGCGUCAUGGUGGCGUGGUGGUUAGCUUUUGUCGUCCCACCUCCAGGGUAGAAGGUUUUGUACGUGGGGUUUGAAUGUUCUCCCUUUUCCUUGGUGGGUUUCCCAGUCUGAUAGCAUGCAGAUUAAGCUAACUGGCGUUUCUAAAUUGCCCAUACUGUGUGACUUCCAAUGGAUUGGCACAGUUCCAGAAUGUACCCCACCUAGGUCCUCCUGUGACCCUGUACAAGAUAAGCGAUAUAGAGAAUGAGUUAAUGAGAGUGAGUAAUACCACAAUGCUUGCUUAUGAUUGCUCAACUGGUUGAUAUGUAGGUGUGAGGGAAGGAUUGAGUAUUUAUGCUAUUAUGCAGUAUUAGGUGAAAAAGUUCAAAAGAUAUACUAUUCUGUGUAUCUAUACCGGGCAUUUGAGGACCGUGUUCUAAGGGAAAAAUAUUGAGAAAUAUUGAUGGAUCACUUAAGGAUAAAUCUAUGCACCUGGAAUGGUUUUAAAGCAUGCAAGUAUUCAGUCAGUCAAUCGUGUGUCAGCAGAUCAAUGCAUAAAAUCCUGUAGAUCAAGAGUUCAUGUUCACACCCAAUGUCAGAAUGGAGGAGAAAAAAAAAUCGGUGAUUUUAAACUUGUGUGUGUAUAAAAUGUACACUUUUUUUUUUUUUUGCCGAGGAUGUGCUUAUUGUAGUAUCAGAUUUCUGUUCAUGCUAAAAUUCAACCUGGUGUGGCCUUCUGCUCUUGUAGCCUCAUGGUUCGGCAUGUUGUUUGUUCUGAAAUGCAUUUAUGCUCACCCUCAUUAUAAAGAGUGAUUAUUUGAUUUAUUAUAGCCCUACUUUGGGCUUGAACCGGAUUGGCUAUUGUCCUCAGAGGUCUUUCAUUAACAAAUCAUUUCCAUACAUGCAUGCAACUAUUGCUUACUGGAUUUUUUUUUCCCCACACCAUUCUGUGUAAUCUUGAGAGACUAGUGAUUGAAACCAGCUCUUAACAAUUAUACCACACUAACCAAGUUCACAUUUAUUCCACAGUCUGAUGUUUUGUGUGAUCAUUAAUUGUAAAGCUCUUGACCUGUAAGAUUGAUACUGCUUCCACAUGCCUGGCUGAUUGAAGUGGUCAGUGGAGUAUGUCUUCAAUUAAACUACUGCCAGUUUCUAAAUAAAAAAUAAAUCAAUUUCUUUAAAAAGCGGAACAGUCAGCAAUAACACCAUGUUUAUGAAGGACAAGGCUCUAUGACAUGGAUCUUUAAACACUCUGCUGCUUAGCCAGAAAAUGUUUCAUCCAUGACCGAUUACUGACCCGCCACCCUUCUUCAUCUACAGUAAUUUAAACCUAAUUAUUAUAUCACUAUACAAAAACAGUUUGUUCCCCCAGAAUGCAGCCAAAAGUAAAGCCAUUAAUUCUUUGUUGUGUGCAUAUUAUAGUUUCUACUUAGUUAAUGAUUAUACAUUGUUAAUAUGUCUGUGGGGAAAAUGCUUUAAGGAACCAUUUUCAUCCAUGAAUAAUUAGUUUAAACAAUAUUCUACCUGAAAAGUUGUGCUCAGAUAUAUGACAAUAGAUUUGCACCGUGUGUGCUUCGAAAUCACUUAGAUAGAUUUGUCAUACGUUUGUUCAAUUAUUUUGUUAGAGAGUUUAGUCCACAACCUGUAGCCAAUGUAUUACUCUAUAUAGCAAAAAAAAAAGAAGAAAACUCUACCUCUAAAUGUCUAUUCACAGAUUGUGUCAUUUGUAAUGGUGUGCAGUAUGGAUGCUUCAUUUUUAUGAGAAAAAAAACUAUUGCUCAAGUCAGAUAAAAAUCUUCCAAAUUUUCAUCCAUUUAUUCUUUAAAGAACUGGUUUUAAAAAGCCCCAUGAAAUACCUAAUGCUAAUAAAUGACUUGUAGAUUUAUUAUUAUUAUAGUGAUAAAUUGCACUAUUUUAUUCUUGUACAUGCAUUUGCCUUUUUUCUUUUUUUUACCUGAGCUGCAAGAGUGUUUUGUUUAAUUUGUUGGUUUUUCUGUGAUUGAUGACUGAUCGGUGAGGUUUCGGGUGGGCUUGGUAUGUUAAUUAGAAAAUUUAUUUUGAUUUAUUAAAUAAUUUCCUUGGAGUACUCUAAAUCAAAGUUGUAUUCAAUUCACUGGUUCAAUUGUUCUCAGAUUUUUAAAUAUUACUUGACCAUCAUUAUUCAGUAUCGUUUUACGAUAUUCUUGGAGGAAUGUCUGGUUGGUUGAGAUUAAAUCAACAAAAAACUCAGAACGCAGAACUGCUGAUGAUCUAAGUGAUGAUUCGAUGUUUAAUGUGUACUGAUGGGAAAACAUAAAUACCAACAAUAAACAAAUGGAAAAACAAUAACAGGAAAAGGAAUUAGGACGACAACAGGAAAAGUGUGAAUGUUAACCAGAGACCGGUGUGAGCAAAUGAUUCAGUUAAUGUGGAUUUUGUUUGAUGUUCUUAGAUUCCUGCAGAGGAACCGGAUUAAGUCAUUGGUCAUUAGCAAGCAGAGGGUAAUAUCGUCUCCUGAUGUAAACCAGUAAAUAACAGAUUCAUUUCCAGUAACAAUCAGGAAAGUAUAAACAGACGAGUUUUAGAGGAAGUUCCUUUUCGUGACAUGCUGGGGAUCAGAAACGAAGGUUGUAUUCUCACUGUGACUUCUGUAAAAUAUUUAACCAAAUAGAUACGAGGGCAAACAAAACUUUCACUGAUCAGUCGACACUGCUACUCCCUAGGGCUUACAAAGUACACAAUUACUAAAUGCUGUUCUAAAUCUGUUUCUUUUUGUACCAUCUGUAUAACAUUGUAGUACUCAUUUUAUGUAUAAGAAAGCAAACAUUACCUGUUUUUUAACAUUAGAGAUCUGUAUAUUACUCAUAACUGCACCUCUGCCUCUUUUCAUCUCUUUCAAUGUUAUUGUUGAACUACAGUAUAAACUCAUACAGUGAAUUGAACAUGACAGAAAUUGGUGCUGCUUUUAUGCCUAAUCUUUAAAUACUUGUUGCAGCAGUAUUACUGCAAUAGCCAUAUUAAUGUAACUGAUUUUCUUCAAGACACAAUUGUAGCGGUGGCUAAAGGCCAUAUCUGAAAUGUAUGACAUUUUGUCAUAGCUUUUGAAAUAAUAAAAACAUGCAAUAAAUGGAAUUUCUAAUGCCA